CAGACUUAUGUUACCUACCAUGCCCACCACGAAUCCGGGAAUAUACGAGUAGUUAUCGAAAUCACACAACCCAAGAUCGAUAGACUCGAAAAGGAAUGAAAUUGUGUAGAACGGUGUAGAAGGCAGUGGAAGAGCUGGUUAAAAUAGUUGUGAUGAAGAGAAGAAUUGUGUGAUUUAUUGUAAGGUGUAAUAACCGUAGUUAAUAAUAACUAUAAUGGACGUUGGAAUGAUGCAGUAUCCACCAGGCGACUCCCGAAUGAUUGAUAAAAUUGUACAUCAACUUAAAUCCCAAGGAAUUUUUGAUCAGUUUCGAAAGGAGUGUAUAUCGGAUGUAGAUACAAAGCCUGCAUACCAAAAUCUCCACCAGAGAGUAGAAGGUAGUGUGUCUGGGUUCUUAGCAAGCCAGGUCUGGCGACCAGAUUUGAACAAAAAUCAGUUGCGUGACAGCCUAAGAAAGCACAUUCAUGAGUCUGGUUUUCUGGACAUUGGUGUGGAGAGGAUUGUCGACCAGGUUGUCAACCCAAAGAUUUUGACUGUAUUCAUGCCACAAGUGGAAGAUGUGGUAUACAAAUUCCUUGGCAUUGAAAAACCAAAGAAGGGGAAAGAAAACCAGAAUGUGUCUUUUGCACCAUCAACUUUUGAGAAUACUACACGGAAGGAAGAGAGGAAAUUGCCAACACUUACAGAUUUAUUGCCGAAGGAAUUAGAACCAAUUUCUCCGGAGAGUGAUACGUUAAAAGACGAUGAAUAUAAUUCAGAUGAAGCCGGAGAAGUUGGGUUGCCUGGUGGAAAAGAAGAAGAAGAUUCAUCACCUCCAUUUGAACCCAUUGAAGAAGUUCGCUCACACUUAGGAGAGAGUUCAGUGGAUAGUCAUCUGUCAGGAAUAUCAGAGCUCACAAGUCAUGACAGUCAGCAUUCACAUGUCUCCUUUGAUAUUUCAAAUUAUGCACAUGAAAACAACACUUCGACAACAAAACUGCGAGCUGUAGAUGUCUCGAACAAUGACAGCCAGCUUUCAAAAGUAUCAUCAGGAAGUAGACUGUCUAUUGUUUCAUUGUGUGAACAAGACUCUAAGCUGUCACAUGAUGCUGAAGUAGGUGAUGAUAGCCAACAGUCAGACUCUUCACUUCACAUUUCUGGACAAGAUACACAGAUGUCUGUGAGUAUGGAAUUCACAAAUGAUGAAAAUGAAAUGAAAGGGGGGGAUAGUCAAGUCAGCGGGGAUACUUUCUGUGAAGACACAAGUAUAUAUACCAGCAAAUGGCAGACAUAUAUGCGUGAUAGUUCCCACAUUGUGUCAGAUGGUGUGACAAGCCAACAAAAUUCAACACGAGGAGAAAGUAUUACAGAGGAGAAGAAACUAGAUGAAAAAUCAGAAAAGGAAUUUGAUGACUUAUUUGAAAGGAUGUGUAACAAUACACCUAGGGCAAGAUUUGUUGAAGAGUAUAUAAAUAAAAAUGUAGGGUUUGGUUAUAAAUCUGAUGAAAAUGAAGAUAUAAUAUUGGCAGAUAAAUGUGAAAGUAAAUCUAAUAUUACUAAUGAUGAGAAAAGAAAUGAAAUUAUUGAAAAAACAUUUGAGAAAAAUACAGAUGGGAAAUCUGAAAGAAGAAUUGAUAAAAGGGCAGAAUUGCAGAAUGAGUUAAAAUCAGAAGAAAUAUAUAUAAAGAAGGAAAGUGAGAAAAGUGAGAAAAUCUCAGAUGAUGAUCAUGGAAGGAAAGUAGAAAAGAAAUAUGAAAAUAUAUCAGACGAGAAUCUUGAAAGGAAAUUAUAUGAAAAGCAUGAAGUGGAAAUUGAUGAUAAAUCUGAAAGAAGGUUAGAAGAGAAACCUGAAAUUAAAUCUGGUGAGAGGUCCGAAAGGGAAUUGGAUGAUAAAUUUGAUAGGAAAUCAGAUGAAAAGUCUGCAAGAAGACUGGAUGAGAAAUUUGAAAAGAAACAAGAAGAUGAGCUUGAGGGAAAGUUGAUGGAGAAGCCUGAAGAAGAUGGUGAAACAUCUGAGUGGAAGCUGGAUGAUAAGAAAGAAAGAAAAUCUGAUGAAAAGUCAGAGAGAAAAUGUGAUGAAAAGUCUGAGUGGAAAUUAGAUGAGAGACCUGAAAGAAAAUCAUAUGAAAAGUCUGAGAAGAGGUCUGAUGAAAAGCUUGAGAGGAAAUUGGUUGAGAGGGAAAGAACAUUGGAUGAAAAGUCUGAAAAGAAAUGUGAUGAAAAGUUUGAGAGGAAAUUGGUUGAGAAAUAUGAAGUUAAGUUGGAUGAAAAGACUGCAAAUAAAUCUGAGAGAAAAUGUGAUGAUAACUCUGAGUGGAAAUUAAUUGAGACAACUGAAAGAAAAUCAGUUGAAAUGUCUGAAAAGAGAUCAGAUGAAAAGCUGGAGAGGAAAAUGGUUGACAAACCUGAAAGAAAAUCAGAGGAAAAGUCUGAAAAGAAAUCUGAUGAGAAGCUUGAGAGGAAAUUGGUUGAGAAAACUGAAAGAAAAUCAGAGGAAAAGUCUGAAAAGAAGUCAGAUGAGAAGCUUGAGAGGAAAUUUGGUGACAAACCUGAAAGAAAAUCAGAGGAAAAGUCUGAAAAGAAAUCUGAUGAGAAGCUUGAGAGGAAAUUGGUUGAGAAAACUGAAAGAAAAUCAGAUGAAAAGUCUGAAAAAAUAACUGAUGAGAAGCUUGAGAGGAAAUUGGUUGAGAAAACUGAAAGAAAAUCAGAUGAAAAGUCUGAAAAAAUAACUGAUGAGAAGCUUGAGAGGAAAUUGGUUGAGAAAACUGAAAGAAAAUCAGAUGAAAAGUCCGAAAAAAUAACUGAUGAGAAGCUUGAGAGCAAAUUAGUUGAGAAAUCUGAAAGAAAACCAGAUGAAAAGUCUGAAAGAAAACUAGAUGAGAAGCUUGUAAAGAAAUCAGAUGAAAGAUCUGGAAAGAAAAUAGAUGAUAAAUCUGAACGAAAGUUAGCUGAUAAGUCAGAAAAGAAAUUAGAUAUUAAAUUGGUGCGGAAAACAGAUGAGAAACCUGACAAGAAAUUAGAUACUAAAUUGGAAAAGAAAGUAGAGGACAAGCAUGAUAAGAAACAGGAGAAACACAGAGAGGACCGAGAUAAAGCUAGAGUAAAGAAAGAGGAAAAGAAACAAUUGAACAGUGAAAGUAAAGACACAAAGAAGAAUGACAGCAGUGGACACUCAUCAGAAGGAGACAGAAAGAGAAGUGACAAGGACAGAAACAAGAGAAAUAGAGUUGACAGUAGGAGCAGAGCAGAAAAGUCAAAUAAAGAUGGGAAGGAGAAAACUGAGAAAGAUGGAGUUAAAGAAAAAGUUGAACAUGAAGAAAAAAGUGAAAAAGUUGUUAUGAAAGAAGAAUUUAAGCAAGAAGUAAAGGAGAAUAAAGAUGAAAAGGAAAAGAAAGUAGGGAAGGACUCCAGCAAGGAGAAAUCUAAGAAAGAAGAUGGGGCUGUGUCAAGACAUGAAAAGGAUACUAAAAAGCCAAAGAGUGAUGAGAAGAGAGAACGAGAUCGGAAGAUAAAACCAAAGCCAGGAGAAAAGGGGCAAUUGAAACAUGGUGACAAACACAAGGAUAGGUCAAAAUCUGAAAACAGAGAUAAGUCAGAUAAAGAUAAGUCUGCACAGUAUGAUGACAAAAACAGUAAAGAUAGUAGUAGAUCAAGUAGCAAGGAAUCCAGAGACAGAGUGAAACAACAAGAAACAAAAGAUAAGGGUAAAGAUGCAGCCAAUAAAAAUGAUGAGAAAAGGGGUAAAGAUAAGUCUAAACAUGGGGAUAAAACCAAUAAAACUGCAGAAAAGGGGAGCACAAAGAAAGCUGACAGGAAAAAGAAAGAGAGAGAUUCCACUAAAUCAGUGCACACUGAACAUAAAAGCAAGGAUAGUGGUAAGAAAGGCAAAGAAAAAGGGAAAAGUGUAUCUGAUGACCAUAGGAUACAUAGGGAUAAGCAUUCAGGUGACAGGCGGUCGACAGAUCGAGAUAGCAAUGGAACCCCUCAGGAUAGAUCACUUGGCAGUACCACAUCUCGAACAAAUGGUAAUGACUCUCAGCGUACACAAUCCCAUCACAAUAAAAGUGGUGGCAGUAGUAACAGCAGUAAGUCUGACAGUGGUGGAAACAGUGACUCAUCUGGGGCCAGCACCCAAGCAAUGGAGUCUUCCAAGAAUGUUGAGGAAAAUAUACCUUCAUCAUCAAAAUCAGCUUCUCCACCAUCAUCUCUGCCUUUCAAGAAACGACCUGUUUCUGUCCAGUCUGAUGACGAACUUGAAUCAACCCAUAGCAGAAAUGGGAAAUUAUCACGCAGCAAGAUUAAGAAACCGAAGAUUGCUGCAAAUAUAUUUGAAGUUAAAAAAAUUAUGAUGCUGAGGAAAUCAUUAGCCAAGAAAGAGCGCAAACAGCAAAGGGAAUUGCAGAAAAAUAAGAAUAUCAAAGAAGGAGUAAAGGAGAUUAACAAGGGAAAGAAAGUUACAAAGCCAGUUGUUGCAAAGCGUUGAAAAUUGGGUGACAUAGAAAAGUCA